AUGGACCGCCCACAACAGCGCCGGUACGUUCCGGAGUGCAUGGGUAAAGCCAAAGUGGGACCUCACAAAAUAGUUCAGAACUUGCCCAAAUCCAAGAUGCGGCCUCGUCCAAGGGAUACAAAUGAAAUAGGGUUUGUCUUGUCGGAUUUAUCAGUAAACACAAUAGUAAACCCAGCACUGGAACACAAAUACCAAAAUGUUCUGAGAUCACAGACUGGACAGCACAAAACAAUGGGUACACUCACCACCACAAAGGGUCUCUUUUAUUUCUCUUCGGUCCUCGCCCUCGCCUCGCGCACUCCUGCAAACCUUUUUCACUCCGCUCUCACUUGGGAACCUGGAGUCUUUAUCACAUACUGGGUUGAAGACCAUGGGAAGAUUCACUCUAAAAUGGACAAGAAAGAGCGGACUUUCAAAGUUAGUUACAAAGCCACAGGCCGCAAAAACCUUUCACGCAUCAACAGCAGAAACAGGAGACAUGCACCUCCACCUCACUGCCAGAUCCCUCUCACUCGCAUGGUACGUGUAUUCUGGGUUAUGUGGGGUUUGGGUUCUGCUUUCGCUGUCUGCCAUGUGUCUGCAUUCAGCUCUCUCUUCCAAACUGCGAAAUCCUUUGCACCAAAUACUGACACCAAAAUGCCCAGGCUUGGGGCAGACAUUCAUGCCUUUCCGGCUUGGAAAGCACAAGAGAGUGCGAGAGAGAAACUGAAAUACAACAAGUGUGUGAAGUGUAAGACAAGUACCUUCCAGUACCAGAUGCAAACACCUGAAAGCUCCAUUAUCCAAGGUAACAAGAAAUCCCCAUCCCCCGGGCGUCGAGAAACAGAGCCAACAAAAAAAACCAGGGCACCGGGAGUCCCUGCCAUCAUCAAGCAGAACGUCCUGCUCCUCACCAUGCACUCUGGCACUACGCUGCACAUUACAAAGAUAAGCAUCCCCAAUAGACCAAAUGGUUUGUUGCCAAUGCCGGUGACGUGGGUGACGGGCGAGGCCAUCCUGCAGGGCGCCACGACGGUGGUGGGCGUGCGGGAGAUCCUUCCCAACGGCUCGCUCGUGUUCCUGCCCUUCAGCCCGCGUUCCUACCGCCAGGAUAUCCACGCGGCGUCCUACCGCUGCCUCGCCUCCUCCAGCGUCGGCAGGAUCGUGUCCCGCACCGUCACCGUCAGGGCAGUUGUCCGGCAAGACUACGAGGUGCAGGUGUACGAUGAGUACGUUAUAAGCGGCAACACGGCCGUCCUCAGCUGCCGCAUUCCGCCCUACGUGAGGGAGUACGUGAAGGUGGUCGCGUGGGUCCAGGACGACGCCUACGUGAUCCAGCCGGGACUCGAGAGCGGAGGCAAGUACAUGAUUCUCCACGACGGGUCACUGCACAUCUACCGGGCGGAUCCGAGCGACGGUUACAGAAGCUACCGGUGUCGAGCGAACCACACGCUGACCGGGGAGAUCAGGGACUCGUCUGCCGGGAGGGUCAUCAUCACAGAACCCCACGGGAACGUUGCGCCGCGGCUGAGUGUGGACAAGCGGGCGACGGUGACGGUGCGGGCGGGAGAAUGGGCGGUCCUGCCCUGCGCCGCCCAGAGUCACCCCACGCCCACGUACAGAUGGGUGAGACUCGGCGACGGCAUGAUGUCCGGCGUCGUGGGCGGCUCCUCGCGCUACUCGCAGGUGGGCGGCCUCCUGGUGAUCACGGGCGUGGGUGUAGGAGACCAAGGGCGCUACAUGUGCUUCGUCAACAACAGCGUCGGUCACGAGACGGUCGACGCCACGCUGAGGGUCACAGAGCCCAUCAGCGUGCACGUGUCCCCCCGGCGGCUUGUGGUGGACAUGGGCAAGACGGCGGAGUUCCGUUGCGUGGUGCAAGGUCACCCGAUCACCUCCGUCACGUGGCUGCGGGACGGGAAGAGUCUGCCGCCGGAUGGAAGGUUCGUUACGUCCCCGCGGGAGGUGCUGACGGUCCACAAGGUGGGCAAGGACGACAGAGCCAUGUACCAGUGCGUCGUCACCUCCCGCCACCACAACAUGCAGGCGGCGGCGCAGCUGGCUCUAGGAGACUCGUCGCCUGAGCUUCACUACCGCUUCCAGGAGCAGACGCUGCAGCCGGGCCCCUCCGUCAGCCUCAAGUGCGUGGCCACGGGCAACCCGCCGCCGCAGUUCGUGUGGACGCUGGACGGCUUCCCGCUGCCCGAGAGCGAGAGGUUCCUGGUGGGGCAGUACGUGACGGUGCACGAUGACGUCAUUUCGCACGUGAACAUCACCAACGUCCGCGUGGAAGACGGCGGCGAGUACACCUGCCGCGCCUCCAACACCGUGGGCGCCGUCUCCCACUCCGCCCGCGUCAACGUCUACGGCCUGCCCUUCAUCCGGCCCAUGAGGGGCGUGUCGGCCGUGGCGGGGUCGCGCCUCAGGAUCAAGUGCCCCGUCGCAGGGUACCCCAUCGUCAGCAUCGUCUGGGAGAAAGACGGCCGCGCCCUUCCGACGGACAUUCGGCAGCGGGUGUUCGAGAAUGGGACGCUGGUGGUGAUGCAGACGAUGCGGCAGAGCGACGGCGGACGCUACACCUGCCGAGCCACCAACCCGCACGGACACACCGCCUCCAGGGACGUCACCGUAUCCGUCACAGUCCCCCCGAAGAUUAUGCCGUUUUCCUUCGCCAACAACAUCCUGAGCGAGGGAAACCGGGCAUCUCUCACCUGCCAGAUCUUGGAGGGCGACCUGCCCGUCAACUUCAGGUGGGAGAAGGACGGCGGGCCGGUGCCUCUGUACGACGGCAUCACGACGCGCCUCCUGGACGACUACCAGACGCAGCUCGUCAUCGAGAAGAUCAGCUCGAGGCACAACGGCGACUACACCUGCCUCGCCUCCAACUCGGCCGCCACCAGGUCCUACACCGCCACGCUCACCGUCAACGUGCCGCCCCACUGGGUGACGGAGCCGCAGGACACGGGCGCCGCGCAGGGCACCACCGUCACCCUCAACUGCCAGGCCGACGGCUACCCGACGCCCUCCGUCACGUGGAAAAAGGCCACGGAGGAGGGCAGCGGCAGCAGCAGCGGCGCCUCGGCCUCGGGCCAGGGCGACUACCACGAGCUGGUGUACGGCGCCCGCGUCGAGGUCUUCAACAACGGCUCGCUGGUGUUCCGCAACGUGCAGAAGUCGACGGAGGGCCAGUACCUGUGCCAGGCGCACAACGGCAUCGGCGCCGGACUCAGCAAGGUGGUCUACCUCACUGUCAACGCGCCGGCCCACUUCCCGGAGAAAAUGGGGCGCGAGGUGGUGCGAAUCGGGCAGACGGCGGUGCUGCGGUGUCCUGCCCGCGGCGACCGCCCCAUCGACAUCCUGUGGUCCGUCGACGGCCGCCGCCUGGACCCCCACGCCGACCCCAGGUGGGCACACAAGGACUCUAGGAUUGAGGUGCGCGAGGAGGUCAUAGACGGUGGCCUGACCUCGGAGCUGGCCCUGACCUCCGCCGCCAGGUCACACUCGGCUACCUACACCUGCCACGCCGCCAACGCCUUCGGCAGAGACACUAGGAACAUCGAGCUGGUGGUGCAAGAGGAGCCCGAGCAGCCCAAGAACCUGCGCGUUGUGGAGACGCACAGCCGUCGCGUCAAGCUGUCGUGGACGGCUCCUUACAACGGAAAUUCUCCCAUCCAGAACUACCUCAUCCAGUAUAAGUUAGCUUCCGAGCCUUGGCCAGGGAUGCCGGAGCAGCUGAGCGUGCCUGGCGAGCAGACGGAAGGCGUGAUCCACGACCUCGUCCCGGCCACCGCCUACCACCUCAGGGUCACCGCCCAGAACUCCCUCGGCCUCGGCACCCCCUCGGAGGUCAUCCAGGCGGCCACCGACGAGGAAGAACCGUCGGGCCCGCCCUUAGAAGUCCGCGUGACGCCCGAAUCGUCGACCUCCCUCCGCGUGACGUGGGAGCCGCCCGCACGAGACCUGUGGAACGGCAACAUCCUCGGCUACUACGUGGGCUACAAGUCCCACGUUCACGCUACGGACUACAACAUCCAGACGGUCGAGGUCGGGUCGGCGUACGGCGGCAGCACCACCCUGUCGGGGCUGCAGCAGUACACGCGCUACGAGGUGGUGGUUCAGGCCUUCAAUAACCGGGGCGUCGGACCCCUCUCGCCCCCUGUCAUCGCCACCACGGAGGAGGACGCGCCCAGCCUGCCCCCGGAGACGAUCCGGUGCGAGGCGACGUCGUCCCAGAGCAUCUCGGUGGCGUGGCGCCCGCCGCCCGUGCGCGGCCAGAACGGCCUCAUCAAGGGAUACCGCGUCCUGUACCGGCCGGCCACUGACUACCCAGAUCCUCCACACCAACUAGAUACUCCCUCGGCAGAUGAGGAAGCUCAGGCGGAGACCACGGCCGAAAGCACCAACAUCUUCAGCCUCGAGAAGUACACCAACUACAGCAUCAGCGUCCUCGCCUACACCAGCGCCGGCGACGGGGUACCCUCUUCGCCCGUCUACUGCAGGACGCUGCAGGAUGUGCCCGACGCCCCCGCCGGGAUCAAGGCCGUCAUCAGCUCUGCUAAGACGGUGCUGGUGACCUGGUUGCCGCCGGCCAAGGUCAACGGGAUCCUGACGAAGUACACGCUCUACAUGGCCGUCAGCAGCCAGGGGAGCCGGAGAGAGCUCCCCUCGCGCACCCUGGGGCCGGCCGAGACCUCGUACGUGGCGGAGAGCGUCAGCACCAAGGACAAGUACGAGUUCUGGGUGUCAGCCUCGACGCAGAAGGGCGAGGGGAAGGCCACGGCCAAGAUCGAGGUCCAUCCGAGCAGCAAAGUCAGAGCCCAGAUCGCGUCCUUCGGCGGCCCUCUGGAGGUGGCGUGGAAGGAGGACGUGCGGCUGCAGUGCCACUCCGUCGGGGAGCCUCCGCCAGACAUCGAGUGGAAGCUCAACGGCAACAAGAUCACUCCCUCAGACAGAAUACAGGUUCGUCCCAACGGAUCUCUGUUCAUCCGGGACGUACAGAAAACGGACGCGGGGAACCUAAGCUGCGCGGCCGUCAACACGCACGGCACGGACAGCAUCACGUACAUUCUUACUGUGCAGGUCCCGCCCGCGCCGCCCACGCUCUACGUCCAAGGGAGUUCCCGAGACGCCCUCACUCUGCGCUGGAGUCUCCGCCCGCACCACGCCCUCGUCAGGGGCUACAUCCUGAACUACAAGAGGGAAUACGGCAACUGGGAGGAGGUGGAGUUACACACAGCCAGGACCACGCACACGCUGUCGGGCCUGGUCUGUGGGUCUCGCUACCAGCUCUACGUCACAGCCUACAACAAGGUGGGCACAGGACUGCCCUCGGAGAUUCUCACCACGUCCACCAAGGGGUCGGAGCCAGUCGUGCCGAGUCGCUCCCGAAUGCUGGAUGUCAACUCGACGUCCGUGCUGGUCCACCUGAGCACGUGGGGCGACGGAGGCUGCCCCAUCCUCUAUUACGUCAUCGAGUAUCGCGUCGCGUCUGCCAGGGACUGGAUCUCGGUGGCCAACAACGUAGCGCCGAGCGAGAAGACCUACGUCAUCCGUGACCUGAUCCCGGCCACGCGCUACAUCGUCAGGGUGACGGCGCACAACCACGCGGGGUCAAGCGUGGCCACGUAUGACGUCACAACGCUAACGCCGGAGGGAGUGCUCCUGCCGGGCGAGGACGGCACGAAGGACCUGGCCAUCUCGCCGCCGCUGUACCAGGACCUGCGCGUCGUCAUCCCGGCGGCCGUGGUGGUCGUCAUCGUCAUCGAGGUCAUCAUGGCCAUCGUCUGCGUCUUCAGGAGGAGGAAAAUGCGCGAGCGGGGCAGCUCGGGCGGCAUCGCGGAGUCGCCCUCGACGGCCCAGAUCCAGAACCAGCAGAACCAGCACCAGCAGUACUCCGCGCUGCCGGCCAACACGCCCUCCACGCAGGACACGAGCACCAACAAGGAUUCCUCCGAAUACAUCGAGGAUAUCUGCCCUUACGCGACCUUCCAGCUGCCUGCCGUGCCCAAGAGCCAGUACGGCGAGAGCACGGACUCGGGCAUCGUCUACUCCGGGCCGUACCACUCCGUGCAGGGGGCCUUCGUCUACCACGACCCCAAGAUGGCUCCUCUCGAAACCUUCCCUCUCAGACAUCAAAAGGAGCCGGAAUACACGAAGGUCAGAAGAAAAGGCAGGCGGGAUCCACACGUCGAGAGUACAGAGUCAGACAACUUAGGUAGUACAGAUUCGGAGGUGAAGAAGAUCCUGUCGCUGCACAUGCCCAUCAGCGAGUACGAUACCCAGGGCAGCGACUCGGAGGGCCCUGGGCCAAGGGACUCCCCCCCGACCUUCGCGGAGUCGGCCGGUCUCGCCCACGCCCACAUCCACGCCCAUCCUGCCCAUAGUAGCAGAUCACGUCCCGAGUCUGCCAUAAGUCAGAUCCGAAGUAGUACGGAUAUUUUCAAGCACCGCGUCAGGAGCAGACAGCAAGAACCCGUCAAGUCGCAGGAGAACAGCAGCUCCUCGACCGACACCUCGAGCUCGGGGCGGAGGGCGCACCCGCGGCGGGGCAAGAAGUCCACCAAGCGGCAGAGUCGAUCGACCUCGAGGACGGGCUUCGAGGAAACGUCCUUCAGCCACCCCGCCGUGGAGCGCCACUCGGGGGCGCCCCCCCCGCCUCCCCCCCGGGGCUUCUCCGACUCGAGGGACUUCGGGCAGGCCGAGUGCGAGCGCCUGGGGGGAAAGAGGGCGGUGCUCGCCGGCCCCUCCUCCAAGUCUCACCACCUGCAGAAGUACUACAAGGGCGCCCGGCCGCGUGAGGCCGGAUACCAGAUAAACGUUUGAGGCUCUUGGGAAGAAAGUGCUUUUGCCGAGGGUGUUUCGGUGUGACACAGCAAGGAAAAAAAAAAAAAAAAAAAAAAAGUGAAAGUCGUAGAAAAAGAAAAAGAAAAGAAAAGAAAAGAAAACCAUAGAAAAGAAAGAAAAGAAAAACGUGAAUACCAGUGGUGAUCGCACACGCUGUCGACUUCCCUCCAGUGGUGCCGAGAGCCGUGGGUCUCAGCUGCCGACUCGAGGCUCCAGCGAGAGAGUGACCUUCCGGAGACCAGCCGAGACCCGAAACAAAGGCCAGAAGGACCAGCCGAGACCAGAAGGACCAGCCGAGACCAAGGAGCCAGGGCAGCGGCACAGGCUGGAGGAGGACCCAGGAGACGCGAGGAGUACGUGACCCUCUCAAGCGUCUUGAACUUUUCCCCAAAAUCCGCGGGACCUGCGUAGCUUUAAGAGGGCUUGUCUGGUUCGGAAAUCAGUGUGAAGAUCCUUAAAAAAUGUCAGUAUUUCAGGUGCUUUCAAUUUCACGGAUUUGUUCUUUUAUAAACAAGCACAUAAACACACAUACACGCACAUGCACACGUACUUACAUACAUAUUUUUAUAUAUAUGCAUGUAUACACACAUACUUUUACAAAAUAUCAUACAUACAAAAAUAUCUUCUCACACAC